UUCAAAUGCCAACAGUUUUUUGUACAGAUCCGUUAUAUCAAUUUUUAACCGCGAAAAUUAAAACAAUUUUUAAAAGUUUUUAUUUUUGCAAAGAAAAAGCAUUCGCUUAUUUUAAACUUAAAAAAUGCCAGAGCGAAAAAAUCUAGCUCUUCCUACUGUAACAGGGGAGAAUAUGUCACGCCACGAAAUGUUACAAUGGGUGAAUACGACACUUUCCACGAAAUAUAAUAAAAUCGAGGAAUUAUGUUCUGGAGUAGCCUAUUGUCAGCUUAUGGAAAGAAUUUUCCCAAAUUGCAUCGGUAUUAGGAAGGUGAAGACAAAUGCAAAGCUUGAACAUGAUUUUGUGUUUAAUUUGAAACUCUUUCAAGGAGCAUUCCUAAAAUUGAACUAUGACAAGAGCGUCCCAAUUGAUCGGCUGGUAAAAGGUCGCUUCCAAGAUAACUUUGAGUUCCUGCAAUGGUUCAAGAAAUUCUACGACAUGCAUUCGAAUGACAAAGAGAACCAUAAGUCUCCCAAUACCUUGACUGUUGUGAAACCCAUUAGGAAGGCAAUAAGUGCCACCAACUUAAAGGCUGAUAGUAGUCCAAUUGGUCCUGGAAAGAAAACUACACCAACAUCCGCUCCCAUAGCUAAAUCGACAAGAACUAAAUCUUCCUCUACCAGCCAUCUUACGCCCCGCACUUCCCAACCCAACCGGCCUGUGUCUCCGUCCAGUAUCGAAGUUCUCACAGAAACAUGCACUCAGCUAAAAGAGCAAAUUGGUAUUACCGAGAACGACAAGAAUUACUAUUUUAAUAAACUCCAGCAAAUCGAAAACUUAUGUAUCGAAUGUGAGAAGAAAAACGAAUAUCCAGAUUGGACCAAAAAAAUACUCAAUGUUCUUUAUGAAACAAGAGAUGUCGAGGUGUCUCCAUCAAAUUUCUAGAUAAAUUUCAAUUAAAAUUUAUUUAAAUUGUGUGUGUUAAUAGUUAGAUUUUUUUUAUAUUUAUUCAUCAGUAGACUCAAUUUAAGUUCAAAGUUUUUCGUCAGAAUUUUAUGUCCAAGAAAGUUAUAAUGCAAAAUAUAAGUUUAUGAUCUCUUUUGUAAUAAAAUAUCCCAAA